GAUGAGACGAGAGCACCGAGGAGCGCGCAGAGAGCUGAGGGAUUUCCAGAGUCAAGGAUUUCGAGAAUCCGACUGGAGCAACUUGGGUUGGAUGUGUCUCUCCGUCCUCUGCACCACCCGGAGUCAGAGGAUCAACUCACGAUGUGACUCGAUGACAGCCACUAUGAGCAAGUGGGAGGUGAUCGCAAACUUCACUGACAGAAGACUUCUGCUCAUUUCUUUGAACAAAGGAGGAUGAAGUCUUCACCGUCUGUGGUUCCAGGAUCUUAGGAGCGUUGGAGGUCUGUUUUCACAGCGUGUGGUUCGGUCUGGAGGCAGCAUGGAUGUUUCCCAGCUUCAGGAGCAGGACUGGAGCUCCGCUGUUCCGACCCUCUCCUCCCUGGAGGGAACCACCCGCACGACUCUCACCGCCCUGAAGCUGCCGGAGACAGUCACCCCCCACAACGCCUCUGUCCCUCAGCCCACUCUCCCGACCAACACGCUCAGUUCUUCCCCGUCUGGUUUCCCCAUGUCGACGUUCUCCACCAAUGACCUGGCAAACCUGGAGAACAUGCUGCUGUGGUCGGUCCAGGAGCCCCACACCAUCAUUUUGACCGUCAUGUACUGUGUGUCCUUCAUUCUGGGAUUCAUUGGGAAUUUGAUGUCACUGCGGGUCCUCACCAACAGGCACAGUCGGAGGCUAGCCGGCGUUAGCGCCACGCGCAAUCUCUUGGUGAACCUGGCGGUGUGCGACCUGGCGGUGGUGUGCGUGUGCAUGCCCAUCACCAUGGGGAGCCAGAUCUACACGGCGUGGGUGUACGGGGACUUCCUGUGCCGGGUGGUGCCCUUCACGCAGGCGGUGUCAGUGUCGGCCAGCGUCUUGACCCUGACGGUGAUCAGCGUCAACCGCUACUACAGCGUCAAGUCGCCGCUGCAGGCCCGCUCCAUGUUCACCCGCCGCAGGAUUUUGGCCACCGUGGCCACGGUGUGGACGGUGUCGUCCGUCAUCUGCGCUCCAAUCGCCGUGAUGAACCGCCGGCGGGAAAUCAGCAUCGGCACUUUUGUCAUCCUGGUGUGUCAGGAGGAGUGGCCGGAAGCUCGCCUGAAACAAGGUUACAACGUGCUGCUGUUCGUGAUGCUGUACUGCCUGCCGGUGACCUUCAACCUCACCAUUGGAUUCCUAACCGGCCGACGACUUUGGGGAAGCAAGAAAUCCCCUUUCGUUGACCUGGAUCCAAGGAGCCAAGCUCUGCACAUCUCGCGGCUGAAGACCCGACAGAAGGUGGCCAAAAUGGUGGUCUGCCUGGUGCUGCUGUUCGCCGUCUCCUGGCUGCCGCUUUACCUGGCAGACCUCUGGAUCGACUGUGAGCUGCGGCUGCCGUCGUGGCUCUUGCAAGCGCGACCCUUCGCUCAGUGGCUUGGCCUGACCAACUCCAGCCUGAACCCAAUUUGUUACUGCUUCAUCGGGGACCUGUUCCGCUCGGCUAAAGUCAUUCGGACGCAGUACUACCAAAAAGUCGCGGCGCUUUUUGGUUCGGCUUCGUUCUCUCGCUCAAGUGCUGUGACGUCCAGCACCGCCGUGAGAGUGAGCAGCAAAGGGGCUACGACGGAGGGGAGACGCAUCUCUGCAGCCGCGGCAGUGGUCUCUGCGUCCAUCGUGACCAUCCCGAGGUUCUUACACCUGACGAAAAGCCAAGGACUGAAGGCGCGAGACAGCACAGAGAGCCCACUGGGAUCCAGUCACAGCAUAUCAGACUGGUGUCGCUCCAGUCCCAUGGACUGGGAGCGCUCUCUGUUCCCCUGCCAGAUGAAGUCCCUCACACAAGACUUUGUUCCCGCAAGAAGACAUUCUGUAAUGGAGGACUUCAGAUCAUUGCCUUUGCAGAUGGCAUCCACGGAAGUCGAUGUGCUUCCUCUGAGGAGACAUUCGGAUAACAGGCUAUAUUCUCAGUCCACUGCUUUUAAAGGGCCCAUUGCCAGAGACUGUCACCAGCGCUCUGGGCAACACAGCAGCAAGUCCUCUGACACGUUUGUUGGAGAGGAAGAAUCACCACUUUGACAAGCCUGUGCAAACAAACUAACAUGGAGAGGUUAGACGGGCAGGAGAAAACAAACCUCCAUCCAGAGCCAAUGUUUGUCUUUGAGAUGGCUGUGAAGCUCCUUUUCAAGUGAGAAAAGAGGAGGGUGAUUUUUGCUGCUGGCAGAGAGGGACUGACUCCAGAAGCGCGGUUGAUUCUCGCCACUUGUUGUAUUUGAAACGUGCAUUAGAAAAAACCUCGCCGGGAAGGACAGCAAAAUGUUUGUGUUUCUUGCCUUCUGUUGCUUUGCUGAAUGAAGGAGGUGCAGC